AUGGAUACCGCUGAAACUGAUUUGAUGGGUGACCUUGUAGGCACCGAGAUCACCACUGACGCUAAGACAGAAACAAACCUUCUGCUGCCGUCUGCGACAUGGGUAAUCACCGCGAAGCUGAAUGAAAUUUCUCAUCCCGGAGACCAGCAUGACAUCGAUAAAGGCUUUGGGUAUCCAUAUGUUGCCGCUAAAUUUCUUUGCUACCGUAAAGAUGACCCAGCUCAGAGGCCAGCAUUUGUGCGAAUCUACCAGCAGAUCCCUAUCACCGGGACCCAGAUCUCGAAGUCAAGCAUUCGAGUAAAGCAGGCUAUAACAUAA